UUGGUUAACUUUCUCUCAUUUUUCAACCUUUUUUUUCAUUCUCAUAAAAAUGAAACCUUUUGUUUUUAGAUAUUGUUGUUUUCUCCUUUGUAAAUAGUUUUCUGCUGACAAGGCCUGUUGUUUUGGAUCUUUGAUUUGAUUUGUUUCUAUUUUUAACUACUACUCUAACUUCUGGGUUUGUUGUUGAGUGCCUCUUUGCAUGUGGGGUUUUAUUCUCUGCCUCCCAAACAAAGGCAAGUGUUGAUUUUUUUCUCUUUUUUUAAUGAUCCAUGUCCCUGAUUUUGGGGAUUGGAGUGUGUAUUGGGAAAGUCGCCUCUGGGGUGUGCCAAAGUCUAGCCUUUUUCCCUCUUUGUUAAACUCGUAGGGGUUAUAGCUUUCUUGCAUGUUCUUGUGCAACUGAUUCAUAGUUCAUGCCAGUUAAGGGUCUUUUUCUUUUAGUUGGUUGGUCUGCUUCCACAUGUGUUACUGUGUAAUGCAGAGAAUGACAUGCUAGAUAGAUUCACAUCUUUUUGAGGAAAACAAGGAAAAAUGGGAUCUGGCAACGAGGUUCACUCAGUUGAGGAGUUCAAUUUGGAAUCAAAGUGGCUUGUAGAUCCCAAACAACUAUUUGUUGGUCCAAAAAUUGGAGAGGGUGCUCAUGCCAAAGUAUAUGAAGGAAAAUAUAAAAAUCACAACGUUGCUGUUAAGAUCAUCAACAAGGGAGAAACCCCAGAAGAGAUUUCAAGGAGACAGGCUCGGUUUGCCAGAGAGGUUGCCAUGCUGUCGAGAGUUCAACACAAAAAUCUGGUUAAGUUUAUUGGGGCUUGCAAAGAACCUGUUAUGGUUAUAGUGACUGAACUUCUAUCAGGUGGAACAUUGCGCAAAUAUCUCUUGAAUAUGAGGCCAAAGAGCUUGGAUAUGCCGGUGGCUGUUGGAUUUGCUCUUGACAUUGCCCGAGCAAUGGAGUGUUUACACUCCCAUGGGAUCAUUCAUCGUGAUCUUAAACCUGAUAACUUGAUCUUGACAGCUGAUCAUAAGACAGUUAAACUUGCUGAUUUUGGUCUAGCCAGAGAGGAAUCCUUAACAGAGAUGAUGACUGCUGAAACAGGAACAUAUCGUUGGAUGGCUCCUGAACUUUACAGCACUGUUACUCUAAGACAAGGUGAGAAGAAGCAUUACAACCACAAGGUGGAUGCCUACAGCUUUGCAAUUGUGUUGUGGGAACUCAUCCAUAAUAAGCUGCCCUUUGAAGGCAUGUCUAAUCUACAGGCUGCAUAUGCAGCUGCUUUUAAGAAUACAAGGCCAAGUGCUGAAGACCUUCCUGAGGAUUUAGCUCUGAUUGUAACUUCAUGUUGGAAGGAAGAUCCAAGUGAUAGACCAAAUUUCAGUGAGAUCAUACAGAUGCUCCUUCGAUAUCUCUCCACCAUUUCAUCACCAGAGCCUGUUCUUCAUCUGCGGAUGAGUUCAUCUGAUAAUGUGGUGUUGCCACCAGAAUCUCCUGGUACAAGUGCAUUAAUGCUUGGAAGAGAUGACUCUGGAGAAACCUCAACAGACAAAGCUGAAGACAGGCCUAAAGGGUUUUUCUUCUGCUUCAACCAGUGUUACUGAGUCCUCAAAAUACAUCAGUUUGUCUUUGGGGCUGUCCCAGAUCAUAGUUAGGAAAACUAAAAUAAAACCACAUUCACAAAUUGUAAGCUAGAAUCUUAAUAAGAAAAUGUCAACUGGUAUUAUCAGAUACUGAUGAGUUCAGUAGCAAAAGAAAGCACCUUUGCUCUCAACAAGAGUUGUUGGCAAAGCUCUCUUGAAUCAUGUUAACUUUCUUCUGACUGAUUUCCAGAAACUUGUGGGGUAAAGGUUGCUGAGAUGUAAUGAAAUGUCAUUGUAAAGUAAGGCUCAUCCAAAGGCCCUUAUCUCUAUCUUGUUCAUGUAUGUGACAUGGAUAUAGCCAGAAGUGAGGAGAGGGAAAUUUUUCUGCAUUGUCUUUCA